AUGAGUGAGCUCGCUUCCGCGCCCGUGCUGUCCACUCCAGACGACCACAUCCUCGAAAUCCCGGCGCAAACCGAGACCAAAUCAACGCUCUCUCCCGAUGCGCUCAGAACGACCUACGAGAUUCCGCGCACUGCGGCAGAGAUUCUCCAAGGCGGAUGGAAAAGAGUCGCCCUGCAGUUUCCAGACCACAUGCUAGUCGACGCACCGAGGGUGGUCGAGGAGCUAAAACAGGAGCUCGCAAGCACAGGCACGCAAGCGGGAGCCAAGGAUUGGAGAAUAUGCAUCUUAGCAGACACGAGCUACAGCGCCUGCUGCGUCGACGAGAUUGCGGCCGAGCAUGCGAAUUCGGAUGUCGUGGUCCACUACGGAAGAACAUGUCUGAGCCCAACGAGUCGAUUGCCUGUCAUUUACGUAUACACAUCACAUGAACUGGACCACGAUGCAGUGGUUGCGCAGUUCACGAAAGAAUUCGCGGAUCAAGAUACAAAGGCUGUGAUCAUGGCAGACUUGGUAUAUCAGGACCACGUGGAAUCGAUAACAAAGGCCCUCAGAGACUUGGGCUACAGCAACGUAAUAGCGACAGAAGUUGUCAGAGACCCUGCCGGAAUAAUACCAAACAGAAGAAUAGCUGGCGUCUCAAUAGACGAAGAGCUGCUAAAGUCGCAUUCACUAUUCCACAUUUCAGAUCCGCCUGCUUCGCUACUCCUCGCCCUCCAAUCUCGAUUCGCUUCUCUACACGUCCUCUCCGUACCUUCGCCGACUUCUCCCACCCUCGACAAUCCAACUUUCCGAACAGCAGGUCUUUUGCGCCGUCGCUUCGCUCGUGUGCUCACCCUCGCCUCGGCCGGCGUCGUCGGCAUCCUGGUUAACACGCUAUCCGUGUCCAACUACCUCUCAUCAAUCGAACUUUUACGAAAGAAAAUCGCCGCCGCUGGCAAGAAGAGCUAUACCGUUGUCGUGGGCAAGCUGAAUCCCGCCAAGCUGGCCAACUUUGCUGAGAUUGAGGGCUGGGUUGUCGUGGGAUGCUGGGAAAGCGGUCUAAUCGAAGACGAUGUUGGCUACUGGCGACCAGUUAUCACGCCCUUUGAGAUGGAAGUUGCUCUGAUGAGCGAAGAGGAGAGAAUAUGGGGUGAAGAAUGGUGGGGAGGCAUUGAGAAGCUGACACUAGAGGAUAGCAGUGCAAAGAAAAAGGAGGAAAUAAAGGAAGAGAAGAAUGAAGCGGAUGAGACGACAGAAGAAGGUGUUGAAGACGGCGUGGAUGGAGAGGAAUCGCUACCUCCAGUCUUCGACUUGAGAACGGGAAAACUCGUCAGCCACAGCAGGCCAAUGCAGCUCACCACCGGCAGUUUGAAUAACAAGGCGCAAACGACGAACGGUAGCAGCGAACAGCGGUCAUCAGAUGCCGUCAUCAAGAGGACGGUGGGUGAAGUGGCAAGCAUCAACGGCGUAGCCAGCCCUGGAGCGGAAUAUCUUAGAACACAGAGGACGUGGCAAGGGCUGGGCAGUGACUUUGACAAUGAAGCCAGCACAGUAAUAGAGGAGGGACGGAGUGGGAUUGCGAGGGGUUACCACGUCGGCGAAGAGUCAGAAAACCACUGA